GAGAAGAAGCCGCGAGCCCGCCUACCUGAGGCCGCCCCUCCGCGAGGGAGGCGGAGCAGGACCGGCUAGGCCCGGCCUCCUCGCCGCCCUCUUCUCGCUCGCCUCCCGCCGCGUCUUCUCCUCAGCCGCCAUCAUGGCUGCCGCGGCCGCUUCCUCGUCUUCGUCGGCCUCCUCGUCGGCCUCCGGGGCCUCGGCUCCGGCGGGCUCCAGCGCGGCGGGCUCCGGGGGUGGCGGUGGCGGCGGCGGCGGAGGCAGCGCUUCGGGCCUGACGGCUUCUCUGACGGGCACCAUGAACAGGAAGAAGAAGCCCUUCUUGGGGAUGCCCGCGCCGCUGGGCUACGUGCCGGGCCUGGGCCGAGGUGCUACAGGUUUCACUACCCGCUCGGACAUCGGCCCUGCUCGGGAUGCAAAUGACCCUGUGGAUGACCGCCAUGCUCCGCCAGGGAAAAGGACCGUUGGGGACCAGAUGAAGAAAAACCAGGCUGCUGAUGACGACGAUGAAGAUCUGAACGACACCAAUUACGAUGAGUUCAAUGGAUAUGCUGGAAGUCUGUUCUCCAGUGGACCUUAUGAAAAAGAUGAUGAGGAAGCUGAUGCGAUUUACGCUGCUUUGGAUAAAAGGAUGGAUGAAAGGAGAAAAGAGAGAAGAGAACAGCGUGAGAAAGAAGAGAUUGAAAAGUACCGAAUGGAACGGCCAAAAAUUCAGCAGCAGUUCUCAGAUCUGAAAAGAAAACUAGCUGAGGUCACUGAGGAAGAGUGGCUUAGUAUCCCUGAAGUUGGUGAUGCAAGAAACAAACGCCAAAGGAAUCCACGUUAUGAGAAACUGACUCCUGUUCCUGACAGUUUCUUUGCAAAGCACUUGCAGUCAGGCGAGAAUCACACAUCCGUGGAUCCCCGGCAAACACAAUUUGGUGGUCUGAAUACUCCCUUUCCUGGGGGCUUAAACACACCUUAUCCAGGAGGAAUGACACCUGGGCUGAUGACUCCUGGGACAGGUGAGCUGGACAUGAGGAAGAUUGGACAAGCUAGGAACACCUUGAUGGACAUGCGACUCAGCCAGGUGUCUGACUCUGUGAGUGGCCAAACGGUGGUGGAUCCCAAGGGCUACCUCACCGAUUUGAAUUCUAUGAUUCCGACACACGGUGGAGAUAUCAAUGACAUCAAGAAAGCACGUUUGCUUCUGAAGUCUGUGCGGGAGACUAACCCUCACCACCCGCCAGCCUGGAUUGCUUCUGCGCGCUUGGAAGAGGUGACCGGAAAACUGCAGGUAGCACGGAACCUUAUCAUGAAAGGGACAGAAAUGUGUCCCAAGAGUGAAGACGUCUGGUUGGAAGCUGCCCGCUUGCAGCCGGGGGAUACUGCUAAGGCUGUGGUGGCUCAGGCCGUUCGCCACCUUCCACAGUCAGUCCGGAUUUACAUCAGGGCAGCAGAGCUGGAGACAGACAUCCGAGCAAAGAAGCGUGUCCUUCGGAAAGCACUGGAGCAUGUUCCAAAUUCAGUCCGCUUGUGGAAAGCAGCUGUGGAGCUGGAAGAGCCUGAGGAUGCCAGGAUAAUGCUCAGCCGAGCUGUGGAAUGCUGCCCCACCAGCGUGGAACUGUGGCUUGCCCUAGCGAGGCUGGAAACGUACGAGAACGCCCGCAAAGUCUUGAACAAGGCCCGUGAGAACAUUCCGACGGACAGGCACAUCUGGAUCACAGCUGCCAAACUUGAGGAGGCCAACGGGAACACUCAGAUGGUGGAGAAGAUCAUUGACCGAGCCAUCACCUCCUUGAGGGCCAACGGGGUGGAAAUAAACCGGGAGCAGUGGAUUCAGGAUGCAGAAGAGUGCGAUAAAGCUGGGAGUGUGGCGACGUGCCAGGCAAUCAUGAGAGCCGUGAUUGGGAUCGGGAUUGAGGAAGAGGAUCGGAAGCACACCUGGAUGGAAGAUGCCGACAGUUGCGUCGCUCACAAUGCGCUUGAGUGCGCCCGGGCAAUCUAUGCCUACGCCUUACAAGUCUUCCCCAGCAAGAAAAGUGUGUGGUUGCGAGCAGCCUAUUUCGAAAAGAAUCAUGGAACCAGAGAAUCCUUGGAGGCGCUCCUGCAGAGGGCCGUGGCUCACUGCCCCAAAGCCGAAGUCCUCUGGCUCAUGGGAGCCAAAUCGAAAUGGCUUGCUGGAGACGUCCCUGCCGCCAGGAGUAUCCUGGCUUUGGCUUUCCAGGCCAACCCGAACAGCGAAGAGAUUUGGCUGGCUGCUGUGAAGUUGGAAUCUGAAAAUAACGAAUACGAAAGAGCAAGGAGGUUGUUGGCAAAGGCUCGUAGCAGCGCCCCAACAGCCAGGGUCUUCAUGAAGUCUGUCAAACUCGAGUGGGUUCUUGGGAACAUUGCUGCAGCUCAGGAGCUCUGCGAGGAAGCGCUGAAGCACUACGAAGACUUCCCUAAGCUGUGGAUGAUGAAGGGGCAAAUAGAGGAGCAGGAGGAGCUGAUAGAAAAAGCCCGGGAUGCCUAUAACCAAGGGCUGAAGAAAUGCCCCGGUUCCAUACCCCUUUGGCUGCUGUUGUCCAGGCUGGAGGAGAAGGUCGGCCAGCUCACCCGAGCCAGAGCCAUCUUGGAGAAGUCUCGCUUAAAGAAUCCAAAGAACCAAGACCUGUGGUUGGAAUCCGUGCGAUUAGAAUACAGAGCUGGACUGAAGAACAUCGCCAAUACGCUGAUGGCCAAGGCUCUGCAAGAGUGUCCCAACUCAGGAAUCCUGUGGUCGGAAGCAAUCUUCCUGGAGGCAAGACCCCAGAGGAAGACCAAGAGUGUGGACGCUUUGAAGAAAUGUGAGCACGACCCCCACGUCCUCCUUGCUGUGGCCAAGUUGUUCUGGAGUGAACGUAAAAUAACCAAGGCUCGUGAGUGGUUCCAUCGGACAGUGAAGAUCGAUUCUGACCUAGGGGACGCCUGGGCUUUCUUCUACAAAUUCGAGCUUCAGCAUGGCACAGAGGAGCAGCAAGAGGAGGUGAGGAAGCGUUGUGAAAACGCAGAGCCGCGCCACGGAGAGCUGUGGUGUGAGGUCUCCAAGGACAUCAGCAACUGGCAGAGCAAGAUUGGGGAGAUCCUGGUGCUGGUGGCGGCCAAGAUAAAGAACACCUUCUAGAGGGGAGAGGAGGCUUUGUUGAGCCACGCCGUGGCCUCUUUGCUUGGCUUCCACCCCUUGGACUUCGUCCCCGCAGGCUAUGGCUCCUGGAAGGAGUCUGGAGGACAGAGAAAAGGGGGUGACUUUUUCCCCUGGUCAGGUUUAAAAGGAAAGCCAAUCCCUCCCCCAAGCGCUUCUUAAUGAGCAAAAUAACGAUUGUGUAGGGAGAGAGCUUUAUUUACCAUCUUGGCCAUCCUGAAGCAUGAAUAGUGGGAACCUUGGCCUGUCAGCUGGCAAGCAUUUUAUUUCACUCUGCCUGGACUCCACCUGGUGUGUUACUUCUGAAAAGCAACUGAGCCUUUUUAGUUUUCCAAUACUCAGUUUGUCUUACUGUGUCCUCGAUGAAAGUGACUCCUAGCUGUUUAGGGCAUGGCAGCCUGCGGAACACAAACAGUGAAAUAUAACCUGUUUUCAAACGCGUUUAGCUGUCUUGGUGUCCCACAAGGGGGAUUCUCUCUGACAGAGAAUGUUAGGGAUCUUUAAGGAGAGCCUAAGACCUUUUCCGGAGUUUUCAGAGCUUCUUGUGUGGGAAGCUAUGAUGUUGAAACCAGUUCAGGUUUGCUGCGUAGAUGUGACCCCAUCGAUGCCUGAAAGGCAACGAUUGCUCAAAGACCCACAGAUGGCAGUUGAAAGGCAAAAGUUGAAAAGGUUGACUUCAGGAUGAGACCUGUUUGGAGCUCAGUGGGGCUAGCACAGACCUCAACAAAAUGCCUUUAGCCACUUUACAGUAGAGAGACUAUUUUGUCAAUUAUUAAAUUUCUCCGGAAUUAAGACAUGUCAUCUUUCUUAAGAGGAAGGUAUCACAGGAGUAGAAUAGCAGUUGAAAAUAGACUUUGCAGUCCACAUGCUUAACCAUAGAAGUCUGUGGCAUAAGGCUGGAAAAGCAAGAAGGAAACCCCUUUCCGUAUCAAACAGAAGAGGCGGCUUUUUGGGAGGACAGAGGUGGGUCGGCGAGGUCUGUGGGUUGUACACAAAGCCCAGCAGGAAUGUCACCUGCACAUGUCCCAAUGAAAUGAAUGGGUGCAACACAAUUGUCCCAGCAGGUAUGUGUGAACCUCCCAUUCAUUUCACUGGAACUUGGAUAAAUAUGUCCCAGUGAUGGACGUGUGUGGCUGCCUUGGAUGAAAGUCUUUCUUUCGUGUAGACGGAUUUUUAAAAAAAUAAAUAAAUCCCAGCUUGACUCCUUGCUCAAGUCCCUCCCACGACAGCACACCAAAGCUUUCCCAUCCCCAGAUGAAAUGAUCCAGCAUCCCUGACACCAUUUCUUUUCCCAAAACGUCUUCUGUGUUAAGAUAUAUCUUGUGUGUUUCUGGAUGAGACCUUGGUUGGUUUUUUUAAAAGAACAUGAACCAAUGAUGGUUGUACAUAGUAAGAAGCUGUAAAAUACAAUCCUGUUUUGUUUUGUGAUA